ACGUUCCUUUGGGUGCCGAAUUCGUUGAUACGCAUAACCAACGGGCUCGGUAGUUGAGAUGAAUGGAAUGAUGUUAGUUGUAAAAGCCUAGACUUUUCUUAGGAAUGAAAACUGAAUGCAAAGAUCUAAACUUUAGUCUGUAUCUGUCUAUUUGACGGAGGGGCAUAUUUCCCAUAAUUCACGUUUAAAGUGCUGUCUGUCAGUGAGUGUGUGUAGAGCGGAAGCUAAUUAGCUGCUAGCCUGCUUAGCUAACUGCUCUAGUAGCACAGAGCAAAGAUGGUUGAAACUAUAUUUGACCUGCCGGUGGAAAAGCAGAUAUUUUACGCUGUCCUAGGGUUUUCAUGGACAGUAUACCUUUGGGAGGCAUAUCUUUCUUACAGACAGAGGAGGAUAUAUAGAACAACAACCCAUGUACCGCAGGAGCUGGGCAAGAUCAUGGAUUCUGAAACAUUUGAGAAGUCACGUCUUUACCAGCUGGAUAAAAGCAACUUCAGCUUUUGGUCUGGACUCUAUUCUGAGACUGAGGGGACGCUGAUUCUGCUACUGGGUGGAAUACCAUUUCUGUGGGCUGUCGCCGGUUCUGUGACUGCUCGCUUUGGAUUUGGUCCAGAAUACGAGAUCACCCAGUCCCUCGUGUUUCUGACGCUUGCUACCCUAUUCAGUGCUAUAACUGGACUCCCCUGGAGUUUGUACAACACUUUCGUCAUUGAGGAGAAGCACGGCUUUAAUCAGCAGACGUUGGGGUUUUUCCUCAAAGAUGCCGUGAAGAAGUUUGCUGUCACUCAGUGUAUCCUGCUUCCUGUGACCUCCCUGCUGCUGUACAUCAUAAAGAUUGGCGGAGACUACUUCUUCAUUUAUGCUUGGCUCUUUACCCUGGUCGUUUCUCUGGUACUUGUAACCAUCUAUGCUGAUUACAUUGCUCCCCUGUUUGACAAAUUCACACCAUUGCCAGAUGGAGAGUUAAAGACAGAUAUCGAAGCCAUGGCCAAGAGCAUAAGCUUCCCCCUCACCAAAAUUUACGUAGUUGAAGGUUCUAAACGUUCUUCACACAGCAAUGCAUACUUCUACGGGUUCUUCAAGAACAAACGCAUUGUGCUAUUUGACACACUGCUGGAGGAUUACUCACCUCUCAACAAGGCUGGAGAGUCACAGCCUGAGCAGCCAGAGAGUGAUGAGACAUCCAGCGAGUCUAAAGCCAAGCCCAAGAACAAAAAACAAGGAUGCAACAACCCAGAGAUCCUUGCUGUUUUGGGUCAUGAGCUUGGCCAUUGGAAGCUCGGUCAUACCGUCAAGAAUAUCGUCAUUAGUCAGAUGAAUUCCUUCCUGUGCUUCUCCUUAUUUGCUGUUCUGAUUGGACGUAAGGAGCUGUUUGUAGCUUUUGGCUUUGAUGACAGCCAGCCCACAUUAAUAGGCUUGAUGAUUAUCUUCCAGUUCAUCUUUUCUCCUUACAACGAGGUUCUGUCUUUCUGUCUGACGGUCCUGAGUCGCAGGUUUGAGUUCCAGGCAGAUGCUUUUGCUCGCGGCAUGGGCAAAGCCUCAGAGCUUUACUCGGCUCUCAUCAAGCUGAACAAAGACAACCUGGGCUUCCCUGUGGCUGAUUGGUUGUUUUCCAUGUGGCACUAUUCCCACCCUCCUCUCCUUGAGCGCCUCAGAGCACUGGGCAACACCAAGCAAGACUGACGGGGCUGGAAGGGGGAGCGGCGACCGCCGCCUCCUCCGAAGGGCCUCCGCAGACCGCUCCUGACCCUGUGAUGCACCCUGGUCUUUUUCCUUCCCUUCUGCCCCCCCUUAGCAAAUUUUAUCUUAUUUUACCCUUUUCUUCACUUACCAUACUUUUUUUUUCUCUUCUUUGAAAGUUAGUUUUAAACAAAACCAAAACAUAUCAGCACAAGGCAACCAUAAAAAAAAUCUAAGCCUGUACUGUUCUUUUUCUUUUAUUCAGAAAAACCAUUUACACACUUGCUGUGUGUGAUAGAUCUGGACAACGUGUAAAGAAAAAAGCAAUUGUCAGAGCACAUAUCAGAUUUCUCAGAUUGCACUCAUAGAUUUGUUUUUAGAAAUCCUUUUAUUUUUGUACAAUUCAUUCAGUACAUCGUUCUUUUUCCCUUCUAAGUAUGAAGCUCAAUUGAAAUUGACAAGUUAUUUGGCUGUUAAAUGUUAAGUUGUUUUUUUUUAUAUUAAUUUAAGAUGAUUAGUCAUACAGUAUAUUUACUCAUUACAAUGCUUUUUACAGAUGCACGGGCCAGAUUGAUUUGUACAGCAAGUGCAACAUUUAUUGUCAAGUUCAAGUGAAUAUUCAUGAGUCUACUCAUCAAUUCAGUGCUUUUUUUUAUUUAAAGAGAAACUCUGUAGAUUCUUUGUCACAGUGACAAAAUGCGAGUGCCUCUAAUUCUCCUCUUUGUACCCAUAAUGAACACCUAGUGAACAGAGCGGUGCGAAAUGUUUCGUUUGAACAUUACAUUAGACGUGGUAUUUUUGUUUUUUUUACAUGCAAUGAGGGGCUGCUGUUUUAAUUUUCUUAAGCACCUGCUUGUCAUGAAGGGUCCAACCAUACCUGUACAUAUGUAACUUUGGUGAUUAGAGUAAUGAUAUAUGGAGUGAAUUGUUGAAAAAAAAAUGUUGAAUGUGAUUUGAAUUUUUAAGUUCAUGUAGAGUUUCAUAGUUUUUGUUUUGUUUUUCUCUUUGUUUCAUGCCAGCGAUACCUGGUAAGCGAAGUAUUUAUAGGGGACUUAUGGGAGGGAGAUGGCAAGAUUUCACCACGUGAGCCAGAGUUUGGUUUGCUCAGAGAGGGGGUGUAUGCUUUCUUUGCAGUGUUGAAUAAAAUCUUCUAAGCAUUUAU